CAAAUACCACGUCAACCAACCAGCACAUCGUACAACGACUGAUAAUCAGAAGUGUCAUUAGCAACCAAAGCGCUCAGCUGAAGAAACACUGGCAAUAGUCGGCACCCGCGCCUGCCGUUUUCAGACGCUUUGUUGGACACUGGGCUUUAGAGACUGUAGUACUGGAUCUCAGUUAGAGCCUGUUUGGAAAACCCUUUGAUGGUGGGAAAAGGACAAUGGAUCAUGGCAGUCAGCAGAUGCCAGGACCCUUUUCUGGUUAUGCAGAACCCCAGGGCUCGUACCCUGGCCAGCACCCAGCCCUGCUUCGGUUGAGUGAAGUGCAGCGGGAGAUCGCCUCGCUGGGACCACAGGUGUGCUCAUUCAGCGGUCUCCAGAGUGACCGAGAAUACAAACGUAUGGAGCGAGACCUGACCAGAUUACUGCUGGAGAUUGAUCAGGUGGAGACGGAGGGCCGUCCGGAGCUCCAGCAGCCUCGGAAGCGUGCGGCGGGAGAGGUGGAGGGUCUGCUUCGGUACCUGGAGGGCAACGCUACACAUCCAUCUCGACUGGCUAUCGAGGAGCUAACUCAAAAGGCGCAGAGAAUACUGAACGAAGGGGUCGUGCUGCCUUUACGACAGGGUCAGGCUCUAGAUGCUUUUGAGAUCGGCGAGGAGCUGGUGGAGGCUGUGCAGGACGUGGCCAUGCGUCUGGCACAGGUUAAGACGGGUGGGAGCGUACCGCUCAGAAAGGCCCGUUACAAAGCGCUGACUCGGGUCUGUGCCGUACAGGAAAUACUGGAGGGACGCGUGCAAACUCAUACACUGGCACUGCCGCUGUCAGAUGACACGCAUGAGGCUGUACAGCGAAUUAACCAAGUCAUGGCACAGGUGAGCAGUGCGAGGUGUCAGGAAGUGGCUUUGCUGAUGGGUCUCAGUGGACGUGACAGCUGUGCCCACCUGGCCAGGAUCCUUACUGAGCUCCUGGUUGAACUGGAUGCUCUGGAUGUGUCGAGCAAUGCUGCUGUUAGGAACUACAGGAAACAAGUGGUGGAGGAAAUCAAUGGCCUGCUGAAACAUCUUGACCUGGAGGGAGAGGGAGAUGACACACGCAGAUAUGAUCUAGCACAGAAUGACUCCAUUCGUGAAAUCGAGGCAAUCAGGGGGCGCGUCUUGGUCCUACAGGAGGAGGUGCUUCGGUACGGUGCCAUCGGGCAGGGGUCGGAGCUGCAAAGUCUCCUCACUCACUUAGAUCAGGUAGACACAGGCCGAAAUCCUUGCAUUCGGGAAGCACGCCGCAGAGCUGUGUUGGAAGUUCAGGCUGUCAUCACCUACCUAGACCUCCGGGAAGCCUUAGGACGUCGUAACCCUGUACCGGACGAACCUCCGUCUCACGCGGCCGUGUGGCGAGUCUUAGCCAGCCUGUCAGACCUGCAGGCUCAGGUUUUAAGCUUUGAUGGCAAGAGAGCAGACAAGAGCUAUAUGCUUUUGGAAGAGCUACUGACCAAACAGCUUCUAGCUCUUGAUGCCGUGGACCCUCAGGGGGACGAAGGGACCAAAGUUGCCCGUAAGCAAGCAGUUAAACACGCCCAGAAUAUCCUUAGUUAUUUGGAUAUGAAGACAGAUGAGUGGGAAUAUUGACAGACAAAACUUGGCAGUAUUGGAGAGAUUUUCCUGAAUAAACAGCUGCAAGAAAAAUAUAUGGCAAAAAAAAGUUGUCCUGUGGGUGAUAUAUCAGGAUGAGAUAUAGCAGUGGCCAUGGGUGAAUUUUUUAAUUUGUAUAUAAAAGACAGUUUUGCUGUAGGCAGCAGGACUGUUACCCAUUAUGCACCUGCUGCUUUUGUUGGUCCAUUAUAGGUCCCUGAAAACAGCAUUUCUUCUGGCAAAAGAAACUUAUUUUCUAGUGCACAUGAAGUGUUGUUUUUAUCAGAAUAAUUCCAUGUUUUGGUCAGUGUGGUGUGGUGCGGUGCUAAACCCUGUUCUGCUGCCAAAAUUUGCUUUCUGCUAUACCACAUGCUUGUGUGGGGCACAGUGUUAAGAUCUGCGGUCUUCAAUGCAGUGUAAAGCUUUUAUUUCUGACAUGAAGAAGCUCAUUGGCCUCUGUAACGGCUUGAACGGGUAGCGCAACAGGUGAUACAAUGACAAAGAAGGCCCAACUAAAGUGUUUAUAGGUUUGUUUACUUUCUCUAAAGGCAUAUUUACUUUAUUUAUUACUUUAAAUUGCACUUUUAUAGCUUAAGCUCCUCUAGGUAUAGUCACAAGCCAAACAAACAAUAACUCACCCUGCCUGAGGGAACAAUUAUACAUUCUGCGUUCUUUACAUUAUAACUUUCCCAGUUUUCAUUAUGGUAGUUGUAUCUUAGUUGAUGACGCAGGGAUAAAGGGAUAGGUCACCCAAAAGGAAAAUAGUGUCAUCAUUUUCUCAUUUUCAUGUUGUUCUAAACCUGUAUGAUUUUUUGAGGGCACAGCAGAUAGUGACCAUUAACUUCCAUAGUAGGAAAAACAAAUACGAUUGAAUUCAAUAGGUAUCGUCAACUGUGCGCAUAUCAUCAUUUAUCAAUACUUCCAUAAUGUUUGUUUUCCUACUAUGGAAGUCAAUGGAUACAAUCAGCUGGGUGCUUACCAUCAUUUACCAAAAUAUCUUCUUUUGUGUUUAUCAGAUCAAAUAAAUUCAUACAGGUUAAGAACAACAUGAGGAUGAGUAAAUUAUGACACAAUUUUCAUUUUUGGGUGAACUAUCCCUUUAAAGGAAGCAUUUUUUUUCACAAAAGGAAUGGAAAGGGUGUGGGACAGCAUUGUGUUUAUAGAAAUUGCUGGAAAAACUACUGACUAAGAAAUGACUAACCCCAUUCUUUUGUUUUGUUGGAUUUUGUAGAGAAGCAGAAUUGUCUUUGGAAAUGCUUCUGUUAGUAUUGUGUCAGUUACAGAUAUAAAGGAUGAAAAAUAGAAACUAGUUCACAGGGUGUCUUGUCUUUUCUAUCGGUUUUAGGCCGAAAGGGUUUUUGCAAGUCACCAGGGAACAAAUAGAGGAGAGUGAGAUUGUGUGUCUGUGAUUGUUGAAGAAAAGCUGUGUGUGUGCUAUUUUGGUUGUGGGAGUGUUCAAAGUGGACAGUUUUUUUUUUUUUUUACAAAUUUUGUGGUGCCGAAAAGAAGAA